AUGCCCAGACCGGGAACAUCAAACCCACCACGGGCUAUCAUCCCACGCCCUCACCAGCACGACGCCAACCCAACCCAGACCACAAACCAAACACCACAGCCCCAGAACAAACCGUCCCACUUCCCGCGCCACCUGGACCGCCACCCAGCCCACCUGACCCUCUUCCACGCCCUCCCGGGGUCCGAGAUGCCCCUCAUCACCUCAGCGCUGGACGACCUGUGCGCCGCGCAGGCGCCGUUGCGGUUGGCGACGGGCAGCGCGUUCCGCAUGCGCCGUGGCGUGGGCAUCAACGUCGCGGGCGACGUGGGCGGGCAAGGAGGGUCCCAGGCGGCACGACGUCUGCGUGGCGAGCUGCAGCGCCGCUGGUGGGAGGUGCUCAGCGCGCAGGACCGGCGGCCGUGGAGGCCUCACUGGACGGUGCAGAACAAGGCCGCCGACGAGGGGGCCGUGGAUGCUGCGCUGGAACAGGUGGGGGCGGGGUUCCGCGGUGCCGAAGGGAUGGCGACGGCGUGUGCGCUCUGGCGGUACGAGAAGGGCGGGGAUUGGGCUUUCGAGCGAGGCUUCGAUUUCGAGGGAGACAAAUCAGUGGCACGCUGA